AUGGAUUUCGGGAAACGAAUGCAGGUUUCGUUGGAGUUGCAGCAAUUGCUGUGCAAAUUUGGGUGUGGAGUUAAGGGUUACGCAAAAGAUCAAGUGGAGUGCACCGAUCUGUAUCCGAUGGUUGGCUUGCAGAGGCUCGGCGAGAUCAUUGAUUCCAACUUCGGCGAACGGCCAUUCGUGUACGACUUCGAGAACGAGAUGGAAGAAAUGUGUAAUCUUAUUCGGGUUGAGAUUAGCAAGACGGAGUUACCGCAGACGAAAGUAAUGUGGAUGGAAUGCGCAGUUUCAUCGUGGCUUGCGCAUGAAGGAUAUGGUCGUGCAUUGGUUGCCUUCCACAAGCACUCCGAAGAGCAAGGAAUCGGUCCGCCCCUGAGCAGAUGUGAAAUCGAGACGACUGAAAUGGAACAGCGCCGAGAACUGAGAAGACUGAUUUUGAAUGGUCAAGUCGCGGAGGCGAUGAGAAUUGUCGAAGCCACAUGGCCUGGGCUAUUCGAACGGAACAAGGAGCUAACACUGAUGCUGAAGUGCCAGCAAUAUGUGGAAAUGUAUGCCAUUGCUAAUCGUGUAAGCAUUUUUCUCCAUCUCUUUCAAAUCACUGGUGCCCGAUGGUAA